UUUAACAGCUGAAAUGGGGCAUGUUUGUGUGACAACCCCUCCCCUCUUCCAAUCCAAACUCCUCUGCCUGUCGCUCCUCUUCUUCCUUACCACCCUCCCCAUUGCUCUCUACGUCUCCUUCACCCACUCCACCUGCCUCUUCCGCUCCCCGCCGCCCUUCCCAAGCUCCGUCGGCUUUUCCUACCCGCUCUCCUAUUCCGAGCACAAAUACGCCCUCCCCACCGCCCACUCCGAUUGCACCUCCUCUGUCCCCUUCUCCGAUUACGGUAAGGUUCUCCACGAGAUCCGCAAUCUCUGCUGGAAUUCUACGUCAUCCCCUGUUCUGAGGUAUGUAGAAGGAAAAGGAGAUAGCUUUUCCGGCAACUUCUCUGCCAGGAAGAGGAAGUCCUUCUUCCAUCACAACCAUGUCGAUCGGGUUGCGAUCCCAUGCGGAUUCUUGCAGGCAUUCCCCAUCAAAGAAUCUGACAGGUUGGCUAUGCAGAAAUGCGACGGCGUAGUCGUGGUAUCAGCAAUCAUUGGUGACCAUGACAAACUCCGGCAACCGAGAGGCUUGGGAUCUCACACAAUAGACUUCGUUUGCUUCUUCAUGUUCAUCGACGACGCCACCCACAAAGUCCUCGUCGCCCACAAUAUCCUCUCCGCCAACGAAGAGGAAGUAAACAUGGUCGGAGCGUGGAGGAUAGUGAGACUCCGCGGUGACCAAUUGCCCUACGACAACCCAGCAAUGAAUGGAGUGAUUCCCAAGUAUCUGGUGCAGCGUCUCUUCCCCAAUUCAAAGUUCAGCGUGUGGCUGGACGCCAAGCUGCAACUGACGGUGGAUCCUCUGCUUUUGAUCCACUCUCUUCUUGUAAUACCAGAUGCAGACAUGGCGAUAUCGAAUCACCCGUUUAACAUCCACACCAUGGAGGAGGCCAUCGCUACUGCGAGGUGGAAGAAGUGGGCAGACUUGGAGUCGCUAAGGGUGCAAAUGGAGACAUACUGCGAGAAUGGGCUACAGCCAUGGUCAACCAGCAAGCUUCCUUACACAACGGACGUUCCAGAUACUGCGCUGAUACUAAGGAGGCAUGGAUUGAAGGGCAACCUCUUCUCCUGCCUCCUCUUCAACGAGCUCGCGGCAUUCAACUCCAGAGAUCAACUCGCCUUUGCCUACGUGCGGGAUCUCAUGGUGCCCAAGAUCAAGAUCAACAUGUUCGAAUUCGAGGUUUUCGAGCAAGUAGCCAUGGAGUAUCGGCACAACCUCAAGCGCGAAGCCAGAGAGCAGCCCAUUAAGAUGGCCUCCUCGAGAGACAUAAACGGCAGCAGCUGCGAGGACUACCUCUUGAAGAUGUCACGGAUUAAAGUCGCUUCCAGCAGUAGAUGAAGCAACACUGAACUUGAGACGGCGUGACUGGGGGAGUUUGUCUUUGGUAUCUGGUAAAAGAAAUUUUGGUGUGCACUCCAUUGGCUGCUGUCUGUUUCAGUUUUUUUUUUUAAUAUGCUCAAGAGCUUCGGGAAAUUAAAUAAUCAAGGAUUAUUUAUGUUUUGGAAAUAAUAAA